AUGCACCUCGCAGUUACGAACAUUCUGAUUCUUUUUGAUUCAGAUGGUUACACGGCCGAUCAGGUACGUUACGUAUGGUCGACGGGUGAGAAGCAAGCGCUCAAGCUUCAUAAGAUUCGUUUGCCAGAUUUUCAAAUCAAAGAAGCGUUUGUGACCAGCCAAACGGAAAUGUAUGCAACAGGAAACUACAGUCGUUUAUACGUAUGCUUUGUACUAUCCCGAACCGCAGGCUUCUGCUUCCUUCAGCUAAUUAUUCCGUCAACUGCUGUUGUGAUCACCUCAUGGGUCUCACUAUGGAUGGAAAAUGAAACAUCAUUCCAGGUCGGCUCAUUCGAAAAAUCGCCAUUCGAAGCAGUUGUUGACUUCUUAGCCUUUCAACGUUUGAGGCUUUGCUCAAAAACAGAGCACCAUUUUGAUCAUAUUGAGAGUUGUGAUCAUAGCGUGUCGAUGGCUUGUUCAGUAGCAAAACUGGAGAUUCUGUCUUAUACGUUUGUGAUUGGAAUGAAAAAUGAAUGCGGAGCAUUUCAGGAUAUGAUCUCAAUAAUAUUGACCAUUACAUUUUUGCUCUUUUCUUACAAUGAAGUUAUGCCGAGAGUUAGCUAUAUCAAAGCAAUGGACGUUUAUCUUGGUGAGUUUUCAUUUAGUGUCAAUCCUUUUUACACACCUCCAAAACACUUGUUUUUUGGUGUAUGUUUCUGUAUUGUUUUUCUCUCCUUGAUUAAAUUAGCUACCCUCAAGUACAUGCGACAAAGACUGCGAAUAACAAGGUAUAUCUAUAGAUUUCAGUUUUAUUAUAGGAAAUUUGACCGUACUUAG